ACUGUUUUCACCUCAACGUCAUCAGUAGUUCAGCCAUAAAUACCGGUCGAAUUUGUUCGGAAUUACAGACCGUCACCAUGAUCGGUAAACUUGCCAUUUCCCUGCUGCUUGUGGCUGUUGUCGCCGCGAAGGAGCUGAGGUGCCUGCCCGGAUCCUUCGAGUGCAAUAGCGGACUUUGCAUCCCAGAUCGCUUCGUGUGCGACGGAAUGUCCGACUGCAUGGGAGGCGAGGAUGAAGUCGACUGUGCCGACUGCCCUGAGGGAUACCUUCACUGCGUAAGCGGGGACGUCUGUAUCCCUGACCACUGGCUGUGCGACGGAUACUAUGACUGUCCUAAUGGCGAAGACGAGGCCGACUGCACCUCCACUAGCACUCCUGGCUGCGACGAAGGAUACUACGAGUGCAACGGAGGCGGCUGCAUCCACAACAGGUUUGUUUGUGACGCUGCCACUGACUGCCCUGCUGGAGAUGAUGAGACUGCCUGCACUGAGUGCAGCUCCGGCUUCCACUGCAAGGAGGACACCUGCAUUCCCGAAUAUUAUGUCUGCGACGAAUUCGAAGAUUGUCACCGAGGAGAAGAUGAGAUUGUGUGCGACUGCCAGGACACGGACUUCGUCUGCGACAACGGGCACUGCAUUCCUUCUGACUGGCAUUGUGACGGUUACUACGACUGUUACGGCGGCGAUGACGAAAUGAACUGCGGAACCAGCGACGCCCCCCUAGCUUACCAGGGCGAACUCAAGACCCGCACGCGCGCUCAGACCAGCUUCCUCCUCAAGCUGGCCAAGACCAAUCGCCGUUAAGGAACCUCUUCUACUCGACGCCGUCCCCAUGUGGCUUAGAACCGCUACUUUUAACCUUUCUAAAGAGGCAGAGAGAGAGAGUAUGUGAGAAGUAAAGAGAAAGAAUGAGAGAAAAUCUAAUUCUCUUAUAAAAAAGAGAGAGAGAAAAAAUAUAUAUAUAUAUAAGGAAAGAGAUUUUUUUUUUUUUUUUUUUUUUUUAUAGUCCAUCACCCGUUCGGUUCGUCGUUAUAUUUUCUGUAACUAAGUCUCUACGUUUUUCCUUUGUGUUUUUUUUUUUUUCUUUUUUCAUUAUUCUUUAUAUAUUUGCCUUUGUUUUAACUAUCUCUUUUCAAAAAGAAAAAAUAAUAAAAUGUAUGAACAAUA